GGCUAACGCUUACGUUUCCUCGCUCACCCCGUAAUCUCGCAUGUAUAUCCUCCCACCAUAAAGGUCCUUACACACCGGACGCGUAUUUUUCGCGCGAAUAAUUCGCACGAAAAAAUUUUUUUUUAGAACUGCUGGUUUCCUGUGAGUCCUUACACACCGGACGCGAAUAUUUCGCCGCGAAAAAACGACGGGUUUUUUUUCGCAUCCAGGAGCGAAACUUCUGAAGUUUCGCGCUGCGAAUAAACGCAUCAACCAAUCACAUUGCGUGGAACGACGUUACGACAAUGUACACUACGCACGGUACAGCAAAGAGUGCCACAAGUGAUCGCAGAUUAGUUUACAAAACCAUAUAAAAAUAGAAAAUGGCGGACCAGUUAAUUGUUUGUGUGUCUCAAAACCCCGUGUUAUAUGAUAAGGAACAUCAACAGUACAAAGAUAAUGACGUUAAGGACAACGUGUGGAGCAGCAUCGCCGAACAACUCGGCUGUCAGGAUUAUGAGGUGCACUCCAUUUUAGGCACCUACACUGCGGUGACCCGUUAUGAGUUCACUUCAGUUCUGUGGCUCGAUGGCGAAGCAGUUGACUCAUACAGCAGCGAUAGUGCGGCCAUCAUGCCUAUGCGAAACUGGAUGCGUGAAGGUGACGGCCAUGAUCUGUGGAACAUAACCAGACGCCUCAAUAUGGAGCAAUGGGACAGAGGCAGAACUGCCAUCUUAAAUGACAAAGGAAUUCGAAUGGCUGGUGCUGCUGUCCUGCAGGGGAGAUUCGGCUGUGAGAUCGAGCUAAACCCGUAUUUAAGAAUUACGAGGACCUUUGCACAGUUCGGAUGGAAUGGAGAGGACUUCCUGUCCUUCAACCUCUCCAGGCAAAAGUGGGAGGCUUCACUCGGAUCUGCUGUCCCCAUUGAAACCAAGUGGAACAGUGACACGGGCAUCAUCAAAAAUAUCACAUUCUACUUAGACUUCCUCUGCGUGAGACAUGUGAUGAGAAGUUCGUCCUUCGAAGAAAAGGAGAGCCAGGAGACACCUCAGCCCACUGCUGCAUUAUUCGCUAAGAGGUACCGGAACACUGGGAAGGUUAUUCUUACCUGCCUAGUUUCAGGAUUUCGCUGCAUUAACAUGACAGUGGGGUUUUAUCGGGAUAAAGAAAUCUUGGCUGAAAAAGAUGGCCUUUUGUCCACUGGGAUCAGACCGAACGGGGAUGGGACCUGCCAGCUGAGAAAGAGCUUGGACAUCUCGAACACUACUGAGGAGUCCUAUAGCUGUGGAGUCCAUUUUGGAAAUCUGACGGACAAAUGGGACGGGAAGAUAUGGGACCUGGCUGUAGACCAUAGCAAGAGGCAUCACUACUGUCACACUGAGGGAAUUGCUGCCUACAUGUUGUUGCGUAGGGCGGCACGGAUGGUGCAGUGGGUAGCACCGCCGCCCCACAUCAAGGAGGUCCUGGGGUCAACCACAGUCCUACCGCCAGUUUAAUUCCUCUGCUGAUGUGAUCUGGAGAAUCUGCCGAAAUAUGGCAGGAUCUGGUGCAUUUUUGCAUUUGUGCUCAAUUAUUUAAUGUUAUUUUUUGGUU